GCCUAUUGUAGACCCUGUAUUAUGGCUCCUGCACACAGGACGCGGCAAGCGUUUGACUGACCAAUCAGGACAAAAAGAUUUCUUAAAGUUCUGGAGAUACGAUACGCAUUUAGCUUAUCCGGUAGAAGCGAAAAGGCUGAUUGGUUAGCGUAUCACGUUGCCGCGUAUGUUUAUGUCAAAAUAAACGAGUGAUAAACGAUGAUAAAACUGAUAAAAUAACGACCAUAACCUUUCUGUGUAAUAAUAGCGACAUGAUAUCGAUAUUUUGUGAAAUAAAAGCUUAUCAAAAUAUUAUCUUCCCCGUUUGUUCGGCGUGUUGACUAAUCAAGAUUAAUCAUAUAACAUACAAUAUAAUAUACUAUUUGUCUUUCUCAUCAUUUCCCACGAAUCGUGACAUUAUAUGAUUUACUUCUUUUCUAAAGAAAAUUUUUCAUAUAUUUUAUUUAAAUUUGUAGUGUAAAUGGAAGAAUAUUAAUAAUGAUUGUGCUAUAUUUUAAUGAAAAAUUGAAACAUAUAACUAUGAAGUGUAUGUAUGACUAUGCGACAUGGAAAUAUAUACCUAAUGCAGUUUUAUUGCUGAAAUGUUUUGAAUAAAUUAAAGACUUUCGAAAAAAUUGAUUUUUAAUCAUCUUAGAAAAAGCUCUGAUUGUAGGGCAUUUGUAUGUGUUGUUAAACUGAACAAUGAGAUAGAUUUAUUAAUUCUAAGACAAUGGCACCAGAGUCCACUACACUUUGCCAUAGAAAAUCUACAUGUUGCAUGAAGAUUCCAUUGAAGUCAAUCGAGCAAAUAUAUCUAAUAUUUCUCAUACCAGCAUUAAUCAAUUGUUUCAUAUAUAUAAUUAAUUUUGCUGCUGAUUUAGUAGUAGCUAUUCAACACUUCAAAGAAGAAAAUUCAUUAUGGGGAGUUUGCACUAUUGCAAUUAUGUAUGCCCCAGCACUUACAUACUUUAUAUUGACAAUUUCAAGACCAGAUUGGUGGAUGACAGAUGAUGAUAAAGUAUCAAAAGGUGUUGUUGGAUGGUUUGCUCUUCAAGUACUUCAAUUUAUUGGAUUUGUGUUUUUUGUAUUGUACAGAUAUGCAGGACUAAUUGUACUCUCCGUGGAUGCCAUAAAUUUAUUUGGAGAUGCAAGAGUUAAAACAUUAAAUGUAGCUGCAGCACCUGCAGCCAUUGAGUUAUACUUCUUCUUGCAAGCAUGGUUUCAAGCUGCUCCACAAGCUGUUUUUCAAAUGCAUUUGCUCUUCAGACAGAGUUCUGCACCUCGCAGUUAUCAAUCUGUGACUGUACAAGUGCUCUGCAUCUUUAUGUCCAUUGUAAUACUGGCCAUUGAGACAGCUUCUUUUCAAAGAUUCGAAAGCCAGCGUAUAAAUGGUAGAAAACUUCCUUGGGCAAUGUGGCUGAAAAAGUACUGUGUUGAGGAAUUAAACAAUAUCGAAGAAAAAGCGCCAUUACAAGCAUUACCCUUAUUUGAAAAACAAGAUAGUGUCGUGUCGCACGAAUUAACGACAUCGGAAAGAUCGCUGGAAGAAGAACCGGUUACGGAAAAUGACUGGCAGCAGAAUCAGUCCCAUGUAGCAUCGUUGUAUCGUCAAGUUUCCGUGACUCCACCGUUACCACCGAAAAAUGCGCGCGUGACACCGCCGCCAAUGCCGCUUCGUGGAAUCACGACGGUCGCGUCGCUUCCGGUACCGGAUAUCCCGGCACCACCUCGUCCAGAUUCCAUUUAUCAAGAGGAAGAAGCGGCAAAAACAGCAGCGAUUUUGGAACCGAAUCAAAGACUGAUAAGCAGCAGUGCGCAGAGUCUAAAAGUUCCUAAACGCAAAUAUUCCGAAAAAGGUCUCGAAGAAGAUGAUCCGAUAGGAAAAUUUCUAUCCUUCCUCUGGUGGUUUCUCUUUAUCCUGGCACGCGUGUUUGCCAUUGCUGUAGCUUACGAAUUUUAUCCGGCGUCCUUACUGGCUGUGCUAGGUGUGCACUACAUCAUCAUGUUGAUCUAUCUUUUUUAUUAUUCGAAAUAUUACGACGGGAUCACGUUUAUUGUCAAUUUCUGGCUUGGUCUGGUCUACAUAUUCAGUCUAAUUGAAUAUCGGAUCAAAUUCAAAUACGCCGAUUGGUGGACAUUGCCGUACUAUGUCUUUGUGAUAGCGCAGAACACAACACUAACGCUAAUGUGGUAUUUAAACGCCGAUUGGGACGGAUUCUGGUAUACCUACAUAUUUUGCAUAAUUUUUGCCAGCAUGGCAUUCUGUAUUCUCUCGUCUAUGGUAUAUCAUGCAAUAUUUAAGCCAAAAAAAUGCAGAGUGUAUAGCAGCUGACAACCGUUAGAAAAAGCUAUAGUCUUUGGAUAAAACUUUCUGCUCUUUUUGCUUCUUCUGCAAAAUAUAAAUUAACUAUAAUUACAAACAAAUUUUCUUUAAAUAUCAAUAAAUCUCAUCAAAAAAGUUAGUAAUAAGCAUAGUGGAGAUUUUCUAUAAUUUAUUUACAUUUUAACAGAUGUUAUCUUUUGAUUU